AUAGGUUUUGAAGGGAGCCUCUGUUACCAACGGCUACAAACGUAAGGCAAAUGGUUUCCUAACAGGAGAGCCCGGCUGGCUUUGUGAAUCCAGAGUUGACGACUUUGUGUUUGGGGGUGGGCUUCCUCAUGGCCUGGCACCCACAGAAGCAGUGCAACGCCUGCAUCCCAGAGUUGGGCAGCAGGUUUAAUGGAAGGCAGAGGAAUUCAGGAUACUGGCUGGUGGGGAGGCGAGAUGAUGGUAGGAGUGAGGACAGGAGGCCUAGAGGUCAGAGGAUCAGAGGUCACCCUUCACACCAGUGGUGUCAAGUACCUGCACUGCAGCAGCCAGAGCUGUAGGCACCAGCGACAAAGGAGUGACCAAAACGACACCAUCCUUGUGCACAUGGAACACAUUUGGAUGCCAGUUUGGAGAGAAGGGAAACCAUAAAACAGAUGACAGGCUCUAAGAAUUGUUAACCAGAAAAAAAGCAGUUUAAGGAAGAGUGAUGUGUGGGUGCUGUUUUGGACGCAGUGAUGAUGGUCAGGAAAGGCCUCUGACCAAGUAACUCUGGAGCAGAGGCUUCUGCAGGAAGUGAAGAAUGGACGGCGCCGGUACGGGGGUCAGGUAUCCCAGGUGCAAGGCCCAGAAGGGCCGAGGCCCUGAGAUGGGUGGCACGGGCUUGUUUGAUGAAAUGAAGGAGGUGAGGCCUGGAUGGUGCGUUGGCUUCAGGAGAGAGCAGAGGAGGCCAGACCCCACAGGAUCUCACACGUCCGCGUAUUUAGGAUUUGAUUCUGAGAUGGGGAGCCAUGGAGGUUUGACAUAAUGUGACUCACAUUUUUAAAAACUGAAGAAAAAGUGUGCUGCAUUCUGUCCACAUUGGUAUUCUCACUGUGUACUAGGCACAUCCUUAGCAGACAUAUCAUGGAAGAUCUCAGGAAAAUGACGAUGAUAAGAGCAGUGGUAAAGGGAGGACUCUGGGGUAGAUUUCCUGGCGUCAGAUUACUAAAUUAGUGAGUGUGUUCUCUGUAAAUUGCGGUUAGUACAAGCUGUCAGCCGACCAGCAAGUUUAGUGGUGAACUGACUGUUGAUUUACCAAGGAUCCCUGGGUGGGGGAAGAAUAGGCGGGGGCGUUAGGAAAAGCAGCACUCGUUGGUGGGACUCUGGGGAAAGCUGGAGGGAGGGACAGUGAGCUUUGCAGGAAGGGCUGCAGCAGUGUAUUAUUUCUGCUGUGAAGCCCUAGUGACCACUGACAAGCCCAGAGCCAUGGGAGUGGAGUAUAGCCAGGCAGAGGACAGCGCCACAGCUAGAGAUGCUCACACCUCUGGGGGCUGGGAGGGGGCCAAUCCAAGGGCCUGGGGGCUGAGCCUCAGGACUCGUUAAUGACGGGGACAGCUGACACACACAGCUGAGGAGAGGAGCAACAGCCUUGCCUGAGAGAGGUAGAGUGGUUUGGUAGUGGCCCUGCUCAGGGAGGGGCAUCUCUCAGACCCCACCAAGUUAGCUUUUCAAAAGCUAGGGCAGGCCUCAAAGCUCCCCUGCAGCGGGGCCUGGGGGCAGCUUGCUCUCCAGGUCGGGUAAGUAGGGCCAGAGUUGCUGGCUGGACCCAUCCCGACGGAAGCUGUGGCAGCUUUUGGAGGUAGCAACACUGCCAGGAAGGAGUCCUAAUGCCAGGCACAAAAUGGCUUUGAUUCGGAGGCUCAGCAGUUUGUUCUCUGGGAGCUCUUCUUUAGCUUGGGGAGUCUAGGACUAACAGACUGGGGGGUAUGUGCAUUAGGUGUCUCUUUUCCAGGGGCCUUGUUGACACCUAACCCAAGAUAUCGUCUCAUGUUUACAGCCAGAGGCCCCAGUGCGGGCCAUCUUCAGGGUCCAGGGCCUGGGGACAAAGGCGGUAGUGUCCUGGCGAGGCUUUGUAAAUGGGGCCUUUGAGACAGAUGCCUGCUACAGCCUGCAAAGCCCUGUUGUCCUUGUAGGUCCAGCAUUGAGCUAGAGAGUGGGAAGGAGUAGGGAGCAUCUUGGGCUGUGUGUGGCUCUGAGGAGCUGUUCCUCAGGGCAUGGGGACAGGACAGGGAAGCUUAAUGCGGCAGCCGAGCCCCGGGACCUGCUCUCACCAGCAUGCGUCAGUGGCUCCUGUUGCCUGCUAGGAUGAGCUGGGUCCGCCAGCCAGGUGGCAGGGUCCUGAGGUCCAGCCCCGCCACUGCCCCAGGUGCAGCUCUGGCUGUGUCCCCUGACCUGGGGCUCUCCCUGUCUGCGUCUAAUAUGUUCUGGUGACCUGCCAGCUUUGUCACAGGCCCACCUGCCUCCAGGGGCAGCUGCAUCUGCACAGGCCUCAGUUGGCUAGGCUCCUUGCUGAUUCCUGAUAGCUCCUGAAGUAGCUGUGGGCUGUGAGGCCUCUCUGGAGGUGCAGGAGAACUCCCCAGCGCAGCAGGCGGGCCUGGAGCCUUACUUCGACUUCAUCAUCACCAUCGGGCACUCGCGGCUGAACAAGGAGAAUGACACGCUGAAGGCCCUGCUGAAGGCCAACGUGGAGAAGCCCGUGAAGCUGGAGGUAUUCAGCAUGAAGACCAUGAAAGUGCGUGAGGUGGAGGUGGUGCCCAGCAACAUGUGGGGCGGCCAGGGCCUGCUGGGUGCCAGCGUGCGCUUCUGCAGCUUCCGAAGGGCCAGCGAGCAGGUGUGGCACGUGCUGGAUGUGGAACCAUCUUCGCCAGCUGCCAUGGCUGGCCUGUGCCCCUACGUGGACUACGUGGUGGGCUCAGACCAGAUCCUCCAGGAGUCUGAAGAUUUCUUUUCGCUCAUCGAGUCCCAUGAGGGGAAGCCUUUGAAGCUGAUGGUGUAUAACUCUGAGUCUGAUUCCUGCCGGGAGGUGACAGUAACUCCCAACGCAGCCUGGGGUGGCGAGGGCAGUCUGGGCUGUGGUAUUGGCUAUGGGUAUCUACAUCGGAUCCCAACCCAGACCCCCAGUCACAAGAAGCCACCUGGUGCCUCGUUGCCUGGUGCCUUGGCAUCUCUACCCGAUGUCCCAUCACCGGUGUCCAUCCCUCAGGACUCUCCUGGCCAGGAGAUGGGUUCCAGGCAGAGUGACUACAAGGAGGCCAUACUACAGGUUCCUGGUUCUUUCAUGGAGAGACAGCUCCCUGGGGCUGAGAGUUCCAGCCAUAGUACCCCAGACUUUGGGGGACUUCCGUGUUCCAUGGAGAGUCCUCUUCAGCCUCCACCUCCAGUGCAGCGAGUCAUGGACCCAGGCUUCCUAGAUGUGUCAGGCCUCUCCCUGCUGGACAGUGGCAAUGCCAGCGUGUGGCCCAGCCUGCCCUCUUCCACGGCCGUGUCAGUCUCAGGACCGGAGGACAUCGGCUCCAGCAGCAGUUCUCACGAGCGGGGUGGUGAAGCCACGUGGUCUGGGUCGGAGUUUGAAGUCUCAUUCCCGGACAGCCCUGGAGCCCAGGUCCAGCCAGACCACUUGCCUCAGCUGACUCUUCCCGACAGCCUCAGCUUUGCAGCCUCGCCAGAAGAUGGACUGUCUGCAGAGCUGCUGGAAGCGCAGACUGAAGAGGAGCCUGUAGGCACGGAUGGCUCAGAUAUCAGGGGAGAGGCCAGCCGGCCGGCCACCCCGGCCCAGGUCUCUACCCCAGAACCACACUCGGGGCUGUAACAGGCGCUGAGGUUAUUUCACUAGCUCUGUGCCAGGCCCAGCCCUGUAUUGCAGAGAUCUUGCUGGCAGAGGCUCUGGGGUCUGCUCAGAGCCUGCUUCUGGUCUCAAGGAGAUGACCUUAUGGUGGUCUUCCCGCUUGGUGGUCCUGGGUUGAAUGGUUUUAAAGGGGAUUUUGGUAGUGUAGGGCUAUGAGCAGUGCCCAACUUCGGUGUUUCACAAGAGCUGGGCUAGGGGCGGCACAUGCAGCCUGGUGGGUAAUAACAGGAGGCUGUGCACCUUAGAAUAUUCCUGUCAUGUCGUGGGGCUCUCCGGGAGGCAGCAGGCCCAGUCACGACCAGUGUGAAGAUGGGGUAAGUGAGGAAGGGGCCAAAGUGGCCACAUGGCCUUGUAGGGAUGGCCCUGACCAUUCCUGUACAGUUCACAGUUCCAUCUGUACUGGGAGGGACCCCAAGCUUCAGGAUCCCCUUAUCUUGUCCCAGUCACCGAUUCCUUCACCGCUGGCCUUAUCUUUAGGCUACAGUGCAACCAACGGCUCAGGCUGGCUGAUGCCAGUCUGCACCAAGGAGAGGCUGCCCUUGCCCACCCCUGUCCUUCAGCAGAGGAGCCCUGUGGUCAGGUCUUCUUCCUCUGGCUUAGGAGUGAGCUCACAUCUAGUGUUCCCAGUGGUGACUCCUGUUAGCUCCCAAACAUAAACAGCAAUCGCCCCUGAAUGUGCAAGGUGCCCUGCCAACCACACCAGUGCAGAAUUACAACUUUUAGCCCACCGUUCUGAGCGAACUCCAGGCCAGCUCACCUUGACCAGGCUUCUGCAGAACCCCAGCCCCAGAAGGAAAGUAGGGCCUGGACAAGAGGGCUACGGGUCUCGCUGUUCUUCUCUGUAGUGUGGGGGAAGCUGCUCCCCACCCCAAGUGCCUUUGGAUGGCCCCUCAUCAACGGGAGUCCUCUGCUGUUGGCUGCAGCCCCUCACUCCCAGGCACUGCCUGCCUGUUAAUUACCAGGAUCCCAAGAAUGCUGCUUCUGGCCUUGUCUAGUAAGGCCUCAGUGAAGUCUCAUAGUUAUGGUACUUUUUGUGAUGUGUACACACAGCAAACUACAGGCGCCAAGGCCCCAAACUAGCAAACACUACGUUCCAAGCACUGUGACUGCUUUUGAAGCCAGCCCUUGUCAAGCCUACCAGAGCAGCGGGCAGGUGCAGAACAGUGAGGCUGUGUGCUGGGUUGUCCAGGAGUCCAGUGCAGCUCUGCAGGAAUGCAGGGCGCGGGAUGGAGUGGCCACAGGCCUGUGCAGCGCCUGUGGCCUGCGCUGACCGUCACUGGCAGGCUCUGGCUCUUCCCUGCUUUUACCUUACCCCGUCCACCUGGGGUGAAGUGGCUACCUACGCUGCUUAUUCCCAGGGUGAACCUGAGACUGCAGGCUUUUGCUGUCACCCACUAUCAAGGAAAACAGCAACUAAAAAAGAAGUGUACUACACUUUGAUGUAUUUAACUAAAUUCUUUAUUCUGUACAACUGUGAAAUACAGGUUUUUACCCUUUUGGCA